GUGGGCGUGGUCUAGAAGUGCAUGAUUUUCCUUCCGACUGAAAAACGUGUCUCAGUUCUAUGGUAUUAACACAAAAUAGCGGUACGUUAAAUGUCACCCAAACUGUAAAAGAACAGGUGUGCAUCACUCUCUGUGGUCGUACUGUCAUGAAUAUAAACCUGUUCCAGUGUAACAACGUGGACACCAACGUUCACCUUCACCUGCUGCCAGACCAAAAAUGGAAGAACCGCAUGUGCACACAAGUGAAGAGGAAGACUGUGGAGCCUGUCUUUGAAGAGAAGUUUGAGUUUUUGGUGCCAUUGGAGAAGGCGAAGACUAGGAAGCUGGACGUUUCUUCGAAGAACAUGCGAAUGUUAAACACAGGAAAUGGAAAGACAUUUGUUUUGAUUUUAUACACAUAA